AAUAGUCUGUCGGAUUUACCAUGAGCAUUCAAUUCGUUCUACGUUUUGCUUCUGCACGGUACAGAGAAAAUCCAAGCAACCAACUUCUCAUCAUGUUUAGGUUUUUGGUGAUCUGUGGCUGCUUGUUGGCGAUCGCGCAAGCCGGUGUGAUCGGCGGGGGUUUGCUCGCAGCGACUGCGCCUGCUGCGGUCGCGGUGCAGCCGGCGGCGGCACUUCCUCUGUCCGCAGCCACGGUCGCGUUGCCAACCAUCGCGACCUCCAGCUCCAACGUGAUUCGGGGUAUCGGUAACUUAGGUGCCAUAUCAGCCUACUCGAAGAGCGUAGACACGCCAUUCAGUAGCGUCAGGAAAGCGGACGUACGCGUUAACAAUCCAGGAAUCGUGACGGCGACCGCUGUGCCCGCGCCUGUACUCACGCUCGCAAAUACUGCUCUCGCAGGUCCUGUAGCCACGGCCGCCCUUGCUGCGCCUACUCUCCUCGCACCUGGACUGACAACCGCACUCGCAGCCGGACCGGCUCUAGCUCCGCUAGGACUCAAUGGCUUGGCACUGAACGGCUUGGGAGCGGUUAGAGUGCUCUAAGAGCCGCACACCAACCGCGCCCCUAAUUCGCGGCAACGAACAAUCGUUGUCAUGACGCAAACGAACUACAUGUCACAGAAUGUAAUCACCGAUUAACGAAUAAAUAUAAAAUCUUUACAACUCCA